AUGAAACUGGUCUUGCCCGGCAGCGAUGGGCAUAUACUCCACAGCAACUUAAUGAGGUGUCGACUACUUAGUUGCCCCCUCAUACAAGAUUUCCAGGCUUUUACCACGUCUCAGACUCGUGUUGAAGAAUUUCCUAGCACCGGCAACGUCUUCGGACUAGCAUUUGAACGGGCUCUCGGCGCUAUCCUUCUGAAGGAUGUGGCUGCUACCCAAAGAAUGGCAGAAAGUGCUCUUGCAGAGUUAGAGAUGGAACUUACCAUUAGGCUAUCAUUCAAAUGGAUAACUCAGGAGCCCCAGCCUAGACGCCGGCUGGCUAUGAUUGGCGGAGGGUCCCAUCCAUCGGCUGCGACAGAUGACGAUGGACCCUACUCUGCCGCAUCAGCGUUGGGAGUUGAUGUCGUUGUUCUUGACGAGGAUGGACACUGGCUUCAGAGCGAAAGCAUGGGUCACCUAUGCGACGAAUUUUUGGUGUGUGACUUAACACCUAACCAAGGUCUUUCGGCUAGGAUUGUGGCAACAUUGCGCAGGAGCCGUGAGGCUAUUCAUGGCGUCAUCACAUUUUCGGACGCAUACCUUGCUGCAACUGCAGAAGCGGCUGAGUCAAUUGGCCUCUGGACGAACCCACCAGACUCAAUAGCGGCAUUGAGUGAGAAGGGUUGGAUGCGCGAGCUCACGAAUCCCUGUCUACCCUUAAUCACUACGGACGGCCAAGCUGACCUGAAGCGCAAGCUUGAGGCCUUGGAAACCGUACAGUUUCCUCUAGUCACUAAAGCAGCUUAUGGAUGGUACUCUAAGGGCGUGAUGGUUGUUGAUUCUAAAGAUGAACUGAUAAAUGCAGUGGAAAUGCUCGAGCGAAGCCUGCCGAACCACAAGUAUCUCGUUGAGCCUUAUCUUUCUGGGCUAGAGAUGCACGCUAACUUUGUCCUGGUUGAUGGGGAGGUUCUCUUCGCUGAGGUCGGUGAUGACUCUCCAUCUCUAGAGGAGGUGGGUAAUCGGGUGGCCAACUCCUUUGCAGAGACUCCCUCCAUCAUGCCUGCCGUAUGGCCGCUUGAAGAGCAUCACUUGCUACGAUCUUCAAUUGUCAGCCAACUGGGGCAGCUGAAUCUGACCACCGGGCUGUUCUACGUCGAAGCUUUGGUGAGUGGUAGCAAAAUGGAGUAUCGACCGAAAGACACGGAUCUGGCGCUUGGACCUAGAAAUACUGGCUCGAGACGCGGUGAGCCAACUGUUGUUGUGAGGAAGGUCAAGGUGGGUGCACCCAGAUAUCAGGAUUCAAUUGCUGUGAAGUAUACAUACGGCGUUGAUUACUACGCGUUAUACAUUCUUCAAGCUCUACAGAGACCUCAAGGAGACAAACGACACGACUCCAUGAUGAAGUCAAUACGAACUUUGAGUGAGCCGUUAGGCGAAUAUAUCCGGUAUCCUACGAACGUUGUCUUCAUUCCCGUCCGGGAGGCUGGGGUAUUUUCCGCGGCGGAACCGCUUCCUCAAUGGAUCAUGACUCAUAUACCGCAUUAUAGGGUACUGAUGCAUGAUGGACAAGUUGUUGAGGGCCCGCAUCUUUCAGGGAAAUGGCCGUUCGUUGCUUACUUUGUUGUAAAAGCAUCUUUGAGUGGUGCGGCGGGGCGCGAGCAAGUUAAGACUCUUGGGGAAUACGUGAGACGCAAUUUUCGUUACAUCAUGACAUAA